AUGCUGGUGCCAAGAAGCAGCAGCCCGGUCACUGUGUACGUGGAGCUCCCCUGCAUCAUUGAACAAGCUUUGUCCACAAUUGCCUGGGAUGAUUUGGAGGACUGUGCGUCUGUGGUGAGGCAGGAGAGGAACUCCAUCGGCUCCCAGGUGAAUGAAUCUGAUCCAGAUGACCAAGACUUUGGAGAUUAUGCUCUGGACUUCAUGGCAGAUUCUCCUGCCACGCUGGAGAGCAGUCUGUCUCCGGCUGAGCUGGUACCGUUUCAGGGAUGUGUCAUACCGCCGCUCACCCCUCAGCGGGACUUCUCUCCAGAGCACAGUCUGGUGGACUCAUCCACAGAAACAGGCAACCAGGAUGGAGCUCCCUGGAGGGACAUGGCCCAGUGCCAUGGCAGGGCUCUGGGACACUCCAUAGCAGCCAAUGAACAGCUCCAUGAGACUCUGCACAGACAACAGGAGGCGAUCGACUCCCUUGAAGAGAGGAACAUUCACCUCAGGCAGCUGGCCAGUCGAGCCAAACACCUGGCAUUGGUGCUCGAGAAGCUGAUGACAGUCAGAGACCCCAGUGGCAGAGAACCAGCGAUGCCUUGCGGCGAUAAACCCUCCCUGAGUCCCUGUAAGCGGCAGCGCCUGGACGAAGGCUAUGAAACAGAGUCCGGUGACUCGGUGGAGGACAUGCUGAGGGACGUCAGCACUCGCUGCAACGCCGUCCUGCACGGCACCGCCGCAGCACCGGGGCUGCAGCAGGAAUCAGAGACCAUACGCAUGUUCGGUGCGUUCUCAGGCCUGCAGACGACCAAAGACAGCAGCGUGACUGUUGACGGAGCCGAGGCUGAGAGCGUGUCAUCCUUCAGAACCUCCGUUAGGGAACACUGCACCAUAAGGACUCAGGUCUUCCCUCAUGGACACGCUUUUACCUCCAGGUCUCAGCAAGGUGGAUACCGCUUCCGCUGGGUUCCCAAGCACAGCUGA